AGUUUAUGAAUCGUUCUUCAGAGCUUUAACCUCCUUAUUUUAUCAAUAACUCUCAGUGGGGCAGUUUAUUGAUAAAAUAGCUUUCAAAUUUACAAUCUCUCGAUUUUUUCAAACUUCUACAAGCUUGUUAAUUGGAGGUGAAAUAUUUCUGUUUUAAGGUUUCAAGUUAUCAAGGUUGUAGAUCGGAGAAGUACUGAAGCAUGGAAGGGUAGUUUGAAGAAAUACUCCUGUUAACUUUUAUUUUAAGAGUUUCAAAGCUAUCAAGGUUUUAGUUCGAAGAGAUUGGAGAAAUAUUAAAGUAUCAAUAAUCAAGAGUUCUAUUAGAGAUGGAUAACGGAGACACUAACGAAACGCAAGAAAAAAUUGACGAUGCGAUGAACUCUGAAGACGUUAAAACAGAUACCGAUAACACAUCUCCAAUACCCGACGGCGAUUUAACAAUAGAUGUAGAGAACGAUCAACCUGAAACUUCCGGUAGUUCUCCUCGAGAACUCCUAACUGAGGAUGACAGUGCUUCCCCACGAGAACCAGAUGAAGGAGAGGUUUCCAAUGUGUAUGAAGAAAUUGUUCCUGAAAACACAGUUUUGGAAGAAAAUGGAGUUGAAAUGUUUGAUGUGGAGAACUUGGAACAAGAGUGUGAUGAUACAGUUCAAUCAAUAAUAGAUACACUCAUUAAUGAGUAUUUCAUGAGGUAUUUGUUUGAGAGUACAAAAGUUUUAGCGGAGGAUGUCGUGGAUGAGGUGAUCGAAAAAGCUGCAGACAUGAUCAACCGCGGGGAAAGAGCCAGACCAGAGACAAUCACAACGUUUGUGAAAAGUGUGAUCUCCGAGAUAUUCAAUGAAGCAAUGUUCCAGAGAUUGUCUUCAGAAGAGAAGGAGAUGUUGAAUGAAAUUGCUAGGAAAGGACGUGAAAGGAAGGACCAAGUAGAUGAGGAAACUAGUUUGUCUGUGGCAAGAGAUUUUGUUGUCCAGGAUGUUUUGAAAGGGUUGGAACUGAAGGAUGGUGAGGAUCUGGAGAAACAUGAAUCUGAAAUGUCAGCUGAUUCAGGUAGGCAGAAAGAUGAAGAGGAGUCUAGAUCGUUGUCAGACCACGGUGAUGACCAGUUGCAGGGAGACGUGCCUCAGCCGAGAUAUGGUGGGGCGGUUAUGGGUUCUUUGGGUACCUUUCUGCAUCCCAAUAGUCAGCAAAUGCAGCGUUUCCAAAAUGUACUGAGGGCUCAUCUUGAAAAGCAGAAAAGGACGUUGGAAGAAGAGAUUAAUGAGCUGACUCAUGAUGUGAAAGAAAAACUAGCAACUGAAACUAGACUUCUAGAGGAUUGCCACAACAGAGAAGUCCAUAUAUUUCAACAACAGAAACAAUUGGAUGCUAUCAACUCAUCAAUUGAAGAAAUCACAAAUGAACUGGAAAACAUUUCCAAUUCCCACUCACAAACUACGAAAACUUACAAACUGAAAACAGAUGAAGUAGCAGUGAAUAUACAGAAAGAGAAAGAGCUCCGUUUAGAGUCAGAAUCAUUGGCAGCCUUGGUUCGACAAUUUUCCGAAUGGGAAUCGAAUCAAGCAUCGCAGAUCACAUUGUCGAAAAAUAUUACUGACAAAACUAAUGCUGAGAAAAAACGGAUUAUUAUUGAAAAACAACAACAGGACAUGCUGCUGCUCGCAUUGAACCAGACUGUACUGAAAAUGCAAACCGAACUGAAGGAGUUGUACGACAGUACACUGCAGAAGCAGCAGGAGAUGAAAGUCAUUCAGAAAGCCAAUUAUAACGCCAGCGCCGAUAUUGAUGCCAUUAUAAUGGAAAACGAGCAUCUCACCUACAUUUGGGAACAGCUGCUCAACACAAUUAAUCAGCGAGAUGCCGCUUUACUGGAUAUGAAGAAACAAUUGGAAGACGCGAAGAUCCGUGAUCGCACCCUGGAUGUAGAACUGCAAAUUCAGCAAAAAGAAGGCGAGAACGCAAUCAAAAUGAACGAGCAGAUGAUGAUGGAAAUCAAAAGCAUCGAGAAAACUUUGACGAUGAGCAAGAAGGCAUUGGACGACGAGGAGGAGAAAUUCAUAAAUCUUCACGAACAAUUUGGCCAUGCUUUACGCAUCAAAGAAGUGACAGAGAACGAUUUGAAUAUGUCAGAGCAGGAUACGAUGAAGCUGGAGAAACGGUACGUUGAUUUGAGAUCGUUAAUACUGAAAUUGAAGGAGGAUAAAGCGAAGCUGGAAAUGGAAAUAAUCGAUAAACUGAGGGAAAAUGCCUUGGAGAAUAAACAAGCCACUAUCUUCACAAAGAAACUGUUCAAACUAAGGGAUUCAAUCAGGGACAAGGAGGUAGAAAAGACCAAACUGGAGCACAAAGUGGCCAAAAUGGUUUUGGAAACUAAGAAAGCUCAAUCAUCUUUCGAAAGCAAGGAAGCGACAUUGAAAACCGUGCAGGAAGAAGUUAUUUCCAAGGGUAAAAUGCUCCAGAAACUGCAGGGUGAACUUGAUCGGUUGAUGUUAGCCGAAGUGCAGAUCAGAAAUCAGGUCAACUUCAAUAAAAGGAAGCUGGAAAAGCUGGUUGAGAAAACUGGGGAAAGUGAUCUAAGCCCAGAAGAACUGAAGCUAAAAGAGUUGGAGAAACAGAUUUCUUACACCGAUGAAAAAACAGAAGGAUUGCAGACAUUUUGGAUCCGUCAAGAGAGCCAUAUUGUCUCUUUGUCACAACGUCGCUCCAAGCAGCUCCAUGAUAUGAACAUACUCAGAAAACAACUACUAGUCCUGGAACAGAAAAACAUGAACAUCGAAAGAGACAUUCAGAACAAGGAAAACGAAGAGAAGAAAUGUAGAACGGAAAUUUCACAUUUACAAACAAAAUUGGUAACACUGAGUGAAAAAUUGUGUCAGAGAAGAGGAUACAAACAACAGCUAGACAAUCUGAACUUUGAUAUUCAAAAUUUGUUUGUUAACGAUUUGAAGGCGGCUGAAGAACAGGCUGCCGAAAUGAAGCGAGAAAUAAUGGAGCUGGUCGAGCAGAAGAAAGAGAUGUACGAGAAAGUGGAAGAACUGCAACAGGAUCUGCUCAACUGGGAGAAGAAGGUGCAAAUGGCGACGGAAAUGAAACAAAAUGUCGACAGAAUGAACAGUUCCGGUGGAGAGGUGGCCACUAUGAAGAAUGAGAUACAUCGCAUGGAGAUACGUUACUCACACUUACUGAAAGUGCAGGAGAAAUUGAUCAGAGACUUGGAGCUAAGUGUGAACAAGAGAGAUAGCAUAGUUGACUCUGCUCGCGCUAGAGAGAAACAUUGUCGGACGAGUGGGGUGCACUACACUAGACAACAAUUCCAGAAGAAAUUGGAUGACUUGAAAAAGCGGAUUCGUCAAAUGAGUAAUGAUGUGAAAUCUACGGAGAAACAGCUUGUAAUAGCAGAAAAACAAAGGGAUGAACUCAAUCAGAAGCUAGCUACAAAGCAGGAUCAGUUGAAUGCUCUGAGGGAAGCCACCCAACAAAUGGAUUUACAGCUGGCUGAGGGUCAUCUUCAUAGGCAAAAGAAUUUGGAAGUACUAGUCCGCCUUCAGAGAAAGGAAAGACUGUACAGUGAAUUGAAAGGCUCCAGGUACAGGCUACUCUUCAGGAACGAGUCUUCCCUAGAAAUGGAAGUUGAAAAACAGAAGAAAAUCAACGCAGAUUUGACGGCAAUCGUUGAAGCAUUGAUCCAAGACUUUCCCAGUCUCCAGCUGCCUCUCACCACUACCUUGAAUACACUCAAGUCAAUGAAUAAUACAAUUAACGUUGUUUAAUUUUUUGUUGAACAUAAAUGGAGAGAAUCUCAAUUUUUUAUACACACAAGUAUUUCGGUCUCCCAGCAAAAAGGAAGAAUGAAAUCGAUUGCUCUAUUGCUCUACUUAGAAAUCCCAAAACACUGUGAUUGUUUUGAUAGAAAAUUAAAACUGUUUAAUAUAAUAUAAUAUUGAUUGAUUGAGUCCGGGUACCGUUUUUAGAUGAUUGCUCAUAAAGAAGUCUUAAUUCUAUUAUUGGUAGUUUUACCUAUACAUUCUCAUAAUUUUCCUGAUAUACUGUCACAAUUCUUCCAUUCAUAGCCUUCUUAUUGCAACGAUUUUUGAGAAGGUUAAUUCUUGAGUUAUCCGAAUUUCUCAAUUCAAGUUCAAAUUAACUAGCUUAUUUAUUCUUCAUUGAUUCAUACAAUAAGUACAUCAUAAAAAUGAUAGGGAGAGAAAAAAUAAGGUAACCUUUUGCUAUUCCUCUCCCAAAUUUAUAUAAGGUUACACCUGGUCCGAAAUAGGUCAAGUCUUGUAGCUGUUCACUUCACAAAUGUUCAGUCCUUAAUUAUUUUCAAAGAGUAGAUUUUCAAAUUUGAAUGCUCCAAAACCAAACAUAGAAGAAAUGUUUUACAUUAUUAUUACUAAAAUAGGUAAAUAUUCACAUAUUAAAGAAAACAUUUUGCAGAACCAAAAAAAAAUAUUAUUCUGCAUUGAGAAUGAGUGUUUAUUUCCACACACCUUGACCUUACCCUAUAUAAAUAUGUUGACCAUUAUAUUGAUAUUUGUUAUUCACACAUAAAAACACUAUGAAAAAAUAAAAAAUAAAACUAUCUAACAUAAUACUCUUCUGCAUUGGGAAUGAGUGUUUCUCUCCAAACCUUCUCAUCUUAUUCCAUAUAAAAAAUUAUGUUAUUUGUAAUUCACCUAAUAAGUUCCAAAAUUUGAAGUGCUGGUUUCUGGACAGCAAUAAUAAUGAUGGGUUUCUAUACCUCAAUGCAACAAGAACUUAUAGUUCUCGUUUUUCAGAAAGUUUUUGUGACCCUAUUGGUUCAUCCCAAGAAAUAUAAAGAAAGAAAAAUGGUAUUAUUGUAUUCCAGUGUA